GAACAAUGUCAAGACGACACUGAUACAAAAAUGGAGUUGGCAACGCUGACAACGGUUGGAAGCAAAGAGAAUUCAGCACAUCGCACAGAUAACGGAAACCGAAUCAACGAUUGCAGAGAGCCGUUUAACGAUGGCAGUAUAUGUGCCGUUUUGGUAAACGACAAAACGACUGGAAAUUUGAUUAACGAUAAAGUUGUGAAUAACGAUAAUACGACUGGAAGUUUAGAUAACGAUGCAGUUGUGAUUGACGAUAAAAUGAUUGGAAGUGUAGAUAACGAUUGCUAUAACGAUAGGUUAAACGGUAAUGUGAUAAGUGAUUAUAGUAAUAAGACUGAUAAUAUGACGGAAGUGCAAAGGUUCUACAAUGGUAAAAGCAUAUUGAUAACGGGCGCUACGGGGUUCCUUGGCAAAAUUCUAAUGGAAAAGCUUUUGAGGUGUUGCCCAGGAGUGGACAACUUAUAUUUACUGGUCAGGCAGAAGAGGGGCAAAGACAUCUACACGAGAGUGGAGGAAAUAUUCGACGAUCCGGUGUUUGAUCGUCUCAAAGAGGAAGUACCAAAGUUCAGACAUAAGUUAGUUGUUAUACCAGCUGACUGCGAAGCGGCGGGACUCGGCCUGACGCUGUCAGACAGGCAGAUACUCACUGAAAAGGUGAACAUAAUUUUCCACUCUGCGGCGACUGUGAAAUUUGAUGAGCACUUAAGAGCGGCACUUAACACGAAUGUGAGGGCGCCGUUACACCUCCUGAGGCUCGCGCGAGAUAUAAAGAAAUUGGAUGUGUUAAUGCACAUAUCGACGGCGUAUUCGAACUCGCAUCUUCAUUUCGUCGAGGAAAGAUUCUACUCCUGCGACGUGACUUGCAACCAACUUCAAGCCGAAGUCGACAAGAUGACCGACUUCGAGAUUGACAAAGCUUUACCGAGGAUUCUCGGUGCAUGGCCCAACACAUACACUUUCACUAAGGCUUUAGCGGAAAAGGAACUUCGCUUAAGCGCCGGAGACAUACCAGUAGGCAUAUUCAGGCCUGCCAUUGUGACUUCAACGUGGAAGGAACCCCUCAAGUGUUGGUUGGACAAUUUGUAUGGACCGAACGGUGUAGCAAUUGGCAGUGCAACGGGCAUCCUGAGGACGUUGCAGUGCGACGAAACGGCCACUGCGGAUAUAGUGCCCGUGGACAGCGUCGUCAACUGCCUCAUGGUGGCUGCAGCUGGCGUGCACGCCCAAUACAAAAACAGUCCCCCUCUUGAACCUCCAAUCUUCAACUACGUAAGCUCAGUGGAGAACAGGAUAACUUGGGGAGACUUCAUGGCACAGAAUAUGGCGAGAAUAGACCGGCACCCCUUCUCGAACGCUGUAUGGUACAUAUCGCUGACGCUAACCAAAUCCGCUUUCGUUAACAACCUCAACAAGAUAUUCCUUCACCUUAUGCCUGCCGCCCUGGUGGACGGAGUAGCCAUUUGUUUGGGGAGGAAACCAAAGAUGCUAAAAGUUUACCGUAAGAUACACAAGUUCUCCUCUGUUCUAUCAUAUUUCUGCACAAGAGAGAUUACGUUCUGCAACAAGAGAACGAGGUUACUGUGGGACCACACUUCGGACGCUGACAAAAAGAUCUUCCCAUUCAGCAUGGCUGAUGUGGACUGGAACGAAUAUUUUGACGAGUAUCUCGCGGGAAUUAGGAGAUACCUGUUUAAAGAGAGUGAUGCUACCUUAUUACAGGCCCGGAUGAAAUGGAAAAGAUUGUACUACCUUCAUCAGUUAGUACGAGUACUUUUCUACUGUUUCGCCAUAUACGCUCUAUGGUCGGUGAUAUCGAAUGUAUUUUAAAAAUAAUAAAUAAAAAUAUCAGGCCAAAUACAU